AAAGAAUAAUUACUUUUUAUUCAAAGCGAAAAAUUACGAAUCGAAUCUAUUUAAAUUAACAAUCUUUUGAUUAUUUAUUUAUUUCAAAUACAAAUUAAAAUCAGUAAAUUGAUGAAAUGCAGCUAACUUCAUCCCAAAACUUCCCCCCACAGAUAGUAAACAUAACCUAAACGCAAUUUUUUUCUUAUUCAAAGAACGAUGUCUGUAAAUUCUCAAAAUGAGUAUAAAUUAAAAAGCCCCCCUGAUGAUACGAUAUCUUCGGUGAAAUUCGGCCCGAACACCAAUCAAUUUUUGUUGGUAAGUUCGUGGGAUUCGGGAGUGAGGUUAUACGAUGUCCAAACGAAUACUUUAAGACAUAAAUAUCAACAUAACGGCCCCGUUUUAGAUUGCUGUUUUACGGAUGCUGUUCAUUCUUAUAGUGGAGGUUUGGAUAAUACCCUAAAAAUGUUCGAUUUUAAUACAACAACAGAAGUAACCGUUGGUUCACAUAACCAAGCGAUUCGAUGUGUUGAGUAUUGUUCAGAAGUUAAUGGUAUUUUAUCAGGUUCUUGGGAUCAUUACAUAAAGUUAUGGGAUCCUAGAGCACAUGUUAGUGCAGGUAGUUAUAAUCAAGGCGAUAAGGUUUAUACAAUGAGUGUGUGUGAUGAAAAAUUGUUAGUUGGAACGGCGGGUAGAAAAAUCUUAGUAUGGGAUAUCCGUAAUAUGUCUUAUACUGUACAAAAACGUGAAUCUAGUUUAAAAUAUCAAACGAGAGCUAUUAAAUGUUUUCCAAAUAAGCAAGGUUACGUUUUGAGUAGUAUCGAAGGCCGAGUCGCCGUCGAAUAUUUAGAUACCAAUCCAGAAAUACAAAAGAAAAAAUACGCUUUUAAGUGUCAUCGAAUUAAGGAUAAGGAUGGUGUUGAAAAAAUUUAUCCUGUUAAUGUUAUAAGUUUUCAUCCCACUCAUAAUACUUUCGCAACUGGUGGAUCAGAUGGCUUUGUGAAUAUUUGGGAUGGUUUUAAUAAGAAGAGAUUAUGUCAAUUUCAUCAAUAUCAUACUUCUAUUACUUCAUUAAGUUUUAGCAGUAACGGUUCUAUUUUAGCAAUGGGGUGUUCCUAUUUCCUAACAGAAGAUGAACCACCAGCUGUAAUCCCCGAAAAUUCCAUUUAUAUUCGCAGCGUAACCGAUCAAGAAACAAAACCCAAAUUUGUUAAUUCAUAAAGGCAUUUUUUUAUUUAUUUUUGUAUUACAUAAAAAAGCAAAGUGUAUAAAGAGUUGAGAUGUUUAAAAUAAAUAAAUUAAGUUGGAAUUUAGAGCUUAAA